UCUGACUUCAGCAGCAGUUUGCAUUAUGAAUCUUGCUGCAGUCGAUCCACUGCUCGCAUUCACAAAACGGCAACACUAAAUUGAAAUAUUUCACAUGGCAUUUGUAUAAGUAAAGGAUGAAUACAACUGUUUCUAUCCCUUUUUUAUUUAAGGAUGUCGGGUCAAACACCAUCCUGCAGGACAUUGCCCGAGCCAGGGAGAACAUCCAGAAGUCUCUAGCAGGAAGCAUCAGCGCAGCGGCUGAUCAAGGAGAGAUCAUCUGUCGCAUCAAGAGCCUGGAGCUGGAGAACCACAGCUUACGCAAAGUUGUGGAUGACCUGAGGGCCGCUCUUUCCAAGCUGGAUUGUCGAGUGUCUCUUCUGGAGAAGUCUCCUGCCGCGGUGGCCGCUGCUCCUGCAGCAGCCCACACCAACGGCACUGCUGUGCAGCAGAAGACCAGCGUCCCAGUGAAAGACGAGGAGGAAGAUAGCGACAUCGACUUGUUUGGCAGCGAUGAUGAUGAAGAGGCGGCGCAACUCAAAGAAAAGCGGUUGAAAGAGUACGCAGAGAAGAAGGCCAAGAAGCCUGGCAUCAUCGCCAAGUCCUCCAUCUUAUUGGAUGUCAAACCUUGGGACGACGAGACGGACAUGGUGAAGCUGGAGGAGUGUGUGCGCUCGGUGGUGGCUGACGGGCUGCUAUGGGGGACGUCCAAACUGGUUCCUGUGGGUUACGGCAUCAAGAAGCUCCAGAUUGCAUGUGUGGUGGAGGACGACAAGGUGGGAACAGACUUGCUGGAGGAAGAAAUCACCAAGUUUGAAGACUAUAUCCAGAGCGUCGACGUAGCAGCUUUCAACAAGAUCUGAUUCCAGCCGGUCUAUUUGUCUAUUGUCAUGCCUUGUUUCUCUGUGUUAACGGUUAAUGAUAUUAAUAAAACAAACUCUUGCACUGAA